CAAUGAAAUGGUUGCAAAAAUCUGCCGACAAGGAAAAUGUUAUGGCAUUACAUUUACUGGGGAAAUGUUAUCAAAAAGGGCGGGGAACACAUCUUAAUGUAUCUAAAGGAUUUGAGUUAUUUAUGCAGGCCACUGAAGGUGGUUCACCUGAAGCUCAAUGUGAUGUCGGUCAAUGCUUUGAAUUUGGUCACGGAACGGCGAAAGACCUAGGAAAAGCGUUCGAUUGGUAUAGAAAAUCCGCCUCCAAUGGUGUUGGAUGUUAUACCGAUUUAGAGCGU